AUGAGCAUCGAUAUUACGCAUAUCGGUUCUGCUCUCAAGCGCUGUCCUUCAUGUUAUCGUCCGCAAAUCUCGCCUGACGUGUCCCAUCAUGAAACGCGCCGCGAUGAAGUCUUAAUCGAAACCGUCCCCAGCAUGUCUUCGACUUCUUCCGCUUCCGCAACCACAUCAAAGCUCUUCCAAAAGCGAAGACGCGCCUACAUCGCUUGCUCCAACUGUAGAAAGCGCAAGGUGAAGUGCAUCACUGUCUCAGAUGCCGACUAUCGCCCAUGCACGCGCUGUUCACAAAAGGGUCUGCUAUGCGAGUAUAUCGCGGUGACCGAUGACCCUGACUCGCUCUCUCUCAAUCCCGAUACACCACCUGAGGCUUCCCAUGGAGUUGAUGAGUGGCCCCAACCCAUCACACCUCCAUCUGCUGGUCUUAACGGCUUUCUGCCUCCUCACUCUGCUCCCGCUCGAGGAGGUCGCGGAGCAUCAUCUCACCCUCACACGCCUCCGACUUCUCAGCAAAGCCUCUACCGUCCGCAAACAUGGCCAGCAACAGUAGCUCCUCCAUCGGGCUAUUCCUCUCGAAUCACGCAACCUCGGCCAUACCCUCCAGCAUCCGGCAUGGUAAUGGGUGCAUAUGAGGCCUCGAUGAACCCGUAUAAUGAGCUUCCCAACUAUACCCCCGGUUAUGCCGGUGGAUUGCAAUCCGGACUCCCUACUGAUGCCUGGCAGCAGCCGCGGUUUGCAUCUGUCCUCCUGGCACACCUUGCUAUUGUGGUGCUAAUUUUGGACGAUGAAAACUACGCACAGAAUCGAGCCCGAUGA